AAGAGUUUUUUAAAUUUAUUUAAAAAACACACUAAAUUUAUUUAAAUUUCAAACAUAAUGUACUAAAAUAAUGUAAAAUAAUAAAAUUAGAAAAUAGUCUAUUUUUUAAAGUAAUAAAAUUCGGGGAAAAAAUACGAACAAAGGGCCGAAAUAAGGGUUUUUUACUAAUUUUUUUUUUAAAGUUGCAGGCAUCGCAAUGGCUUCAUUGAUUAAUAGGGACACACACAUAUCUGAUGCAGCUAAUGAGAUAGAAAUAUAUUAUUAUUUGUUAAUCACGGGUUCUAUUAAAAAAGGAUAUACGUAAUAUAUAGAAAUAAAUCAUAUUAUCCUAAUAUUGUUUUCUGUAAUUUAACACUAUCGGGACUCGUACCGAGUAAUAAGGGGCCGGGUGAAUGGCUUAAAGCAUCCUCCGGAUUCACGGUUGAUGUCAUACUUGGAGCAAGCCGGAUUUGGGUCAGUAGCAUUGAUCCGGACGUUCAACUUGCUGUAUGAUUGAUUAUCUGCGCUAGUGGAGAGGUGGCGCCCGGAGACCCACACUUUUCAUUUUUCAUGUGUGGAGUGCAUGGUGACCUUAGAGGAUGUUGCGCUGCAGCUUGGGCUCCUAAUCGACGGGAGUCUUGUAACGAGAGUAAGUUCAUUUACUGAUCCGGUUGCACUAUGUAAUUAGCUACUAGGAGACUCGCCAAAUGACGAUGAGGAAAAUUUUACGAGCUUGAAAUUUACAUGGCUGAAAGCCAAAUUUGGACAGUUAUCAGCGAAUGCCACUGAAGGUGAGUUGAUGUGUGCUGCUCGAGCAUACAUCAUGCAUAUCCUAGGGGGAGUACUGAUGCCCGAUGCAAACAACAACAAGGUGCAUAUGAUGUACUUGCCUCUAUUAGCUGAUUUGUCCAAUGUUCGCUCGUAUAGCUAGGGCUCCGCCGUUCUAGCAGUGUUAUAUCGGGAGCUUUGUCGGACAACAAAGCCUUCUGUUGUAGACAUGGGCGGAUGCCUUACAUUGCUGCAGUCCUGGGCGCUCGAUUGGAUGCCAUUUUUGGCAUCGGUUACUCACCAACCAUACGUUUAUCCACUAGUGAACAGGUGGAGUAUUUAUCCGGGUAUCGAGAGGUCGCACACUGUCCCGAUAUACCGACUCAUGAUCGAACAGCAUGUCGGGGAAGGGUUUAUAUGGAUGCCAUAUCGUCGCCCCGAAAUUAUAACUGUGAUACCCUCGUCUGCAUACGUUCAUUUUGAAAUGUGGUGCACUAACGCACCAAUUAUAAAUUUCAAUGUAGUCGAGUGGUAUCACGGGGAUCGAGUGCUACGACAGUUUGUUUGCAUCCAAUAUAUCCCGGAUCAGCCAUGCGAGGUGGGGGCGGUUCACGGCAUCAAUAAGAGAGGAAAACUGCAGUUGGAUUGGAGGGUUAAGCACCAAAAAUUUGUUGCGCUGUGGAAUGAUCGGAUGGGUCGAAGACCUCAGAUGGUUAUGGCAUAUUCAUUGCAACCAUCAUUAGAGUACAUACAAUGGUACUAUAGUUGCAGAAAGCCAUAUAUACUUGGAGGCCAGUCAACUGUAGUCCCCUCGCACAUGCAGCGACCUAGGGGAUCGUACCAGCGUGCCCCGAGAGGCGAGCUCGGCGAUCAUGAUCCCGAACGAGCCCGAGCGUAA